GCAGAGCUGAUGAUAAACAAUUGGCAGCUGAAGGGGAAUUAAAAUUUGACGAAGAGGUUCUUGACAACUGCUAUCGAAGUGAUGAGGCGAUAGUAGUGAUGGAAGCACCAUUGGAUGACGUAAUGAGAAUAGAUGCGAUGAUGAGGGGUUUAUUAGAAUCAUUGACGAAAACUGAGUGUGAUAGUAACGAUGCAGAUAAUAUAAAUGGUGAAAUCAAGGAGUGCGAAAGAGGUGUUAAUGAAAAGCAAGAGGAUACAAACAGAAAGCAAUCCAGCCUUGGAGAUGGGAUCGAUGAAAAUAAGCCAAAUACUAAUCUUGAAAUAAAGAUGCCUCUGAUUAAUGGUGUAGCCAAAAGUCCAGUUGAAAGUAAAGAUCUCAGUGCUGAUCAAACCGAAGGUGAUGUUGAAGGUGCAAAAGAUAUGCUACAAACGUCCAAAUCUCAAUUUAAUGAAACAGCACCUGCACCUAUUGAAGAAGCAUCUGUCGAAUUUAAUGAAGAAUCUAAUAAAGAAACAUGCCCAAUUAUGGACCAUAAUUUAUGGUCCUUCGUUUGGUCUGAUGAUUAA